CAGUAGUCUAAUUCAUUCUUCAUUGAUAGUAUAAUAGUAAAAUUAUGGCUCAUUGUGGACAUGGUAGAGAAAUUUCAUCUCGUGAGUUGGAGAUAGUACUUGAGCCUGAAUUGCGAAUGAAAAAGCUCAUGAAGAGCAGUACUGUCAGUGUUGAACCUUCAAUACCCAUUCGCAGAUAUUAUCGUUCUGGCCAGGAGCUGGUGCGGAUGGCUGUGGUUUAUCAUGAAGAAAAGAACUAUGAGCUUGCAUAUAUGUUUUAUAUGCGCUUCAUGGUAUUAUUUUUAGAAGAAAUAUCCAAGCAUCCUGAAUAUGCUGCUUUUUCUCAUGAGCAAAAGCAGAAAACUAAGAAAAAAUGUAUGAGUACACUACCUAUUGCUGAGACUCUCAAGAGUAAACUGCUAAAACAAUUUGAAGAAGAAUAUAACACCUUCAGAGAGGAGCAGGCUCGGAUAGAAGCAGAGAUUGAAAAAGCUCGAGCACAAGAAGCAGAGAAUUCAAGAAAGCUCAGAGAAGCUGAGCUUGCCAGGCAUCAUCAGCCCAGUAUUAUAGGCUCUCAGGACCUGUCCCCGUCACGUUACCCUCUCUCGCCCUCUGCUCCUCCUGUACUGCCGCCUCGACCAGCCACACCUCCUAUUUAUGCCCCACCUUGCAUUGACAACAGCACAACAGAGGACAGCAGCAAUCUCUACCCUCAGUGUGCAUAUGAUGCUCAUCCUUCAGCCCCUGAGGACACUUCCUUCAGGUCGCCACGGGAUCCUCCCCAGGCUCCUUCACGCUCCCUCAAACCCCACACUCCCAGCUCAAGCGCACCGUCAGUAGAUCGGUCGAACAAGCCUCUGUCGUUGCUGGGUGGCGGUGGCGGCGCCCUUCGUCGUGUACGCAUCCCCACGGCUCUCGUCACCCGCUUCCUUGACAUCGCCGCUCCCAAUACCCGCAACAACGUCGAGACCUGCGGCAUCUUGGCCGGCAUUGUGCGCCAAGGUGAGCUGUGCACGACGCACCUGCUGAUACCUGAGCAGAGCGGCACGGCUGACUCCUGCACAACACAUGAGGAGGAGAGGCUCUUCGCCGUGCAGGAUCAGCACGGCAUCAUCACGCUCGGCUGGAUACACACACAUCCAAGUCAGACGGCGUUCCUGUCGAGCGUAGACCUGCACACGCACUGCUCCUACCAGCUCAUGAUGCCUGAGGCGGUGGCGGUGGUGUGUGCUCCCAAGUUCGACCACAACGCCGUGUUCUCGCUCACGCCUGACUACGGACUGGACUUUAUUGCGGACUGCAGGGAGACUGGCUUCCAUCCGCACCCUGCCAAGCCUCCACUCUUUAAGGAAGCUGACCACGCAGUCAUGGACGACCACGGUACCGUUGAGGUCGUCGACCUGCGGCACUAACGGGACCAUCGAAUAUUUUGUUACCGAAUCUUUCUGUCACCUGCUUUGAGUACUGCUACCUGCAUCCACCUACUUUCUGAUACUCCUAUCUGCCUCCUCCUACUUUCUCCUGCUCCCUCCUACUCUCUCCUGCUUCCUCCUACUCUCUUCUGCUCCCUCCUACUCUCUUCUGCUCCCUCCUACUCUCUUCUGCUCCCUCCUACUUUCUUCUGCUCCCUCCUACUCUCUUCUGCCUCCUCCUACUCUCUUCUGCUUCCUCCUACUCUCUUCUGCUUCCUCCUACUCUCUUCUGCCUCCUCCUACUCUCUUUCUUUUGCCUCCUCCUACUCUCUUAUGCAUCCUCUUAAUCUCUUCUGCCUCCUACUCUCUUCUGCUCUUCACACCAGCUGCUUCUUCUACCUGUCCCCCUUUAAGUUUCGAGGUACUCCUGCCAAACUCGAACUAUCGAUGUUUGGAGCACGUGCUUCUCCGGCCUCUCCUUCACUCUUGUCCAAAGUGACCUGUCAUAUAACUUGUAGCAAUGUUAUUAUUUUUUUACUUGGAUUUUUUGUAAGUAUUCCAGAUCAUGUAACAAAUUCCUAGUCGGGAAUAUUACGAUGAUCAUCCUAGUUGGCGGGAUUUGUCGCAAAAUCUUUUCUAUGAAUACUUUGUAAAUAUUUUGGUCAUAUUCUUGCAUAUAUCAGAUUCUUUAUUUAUAAUAUAAAUCUUAGUCACAUCAGCUAAUCACUUACUAAUCCAUUAUAUUAAUAGGCGUCAUCCAAGCACGUAUACCCACCGUAGUCGAGGCUUUAGCAGCAACAGGGAUCAUGAAUUUGCGCCUGAAUGCAUGAAUUUGAGCUUGGCGAUGCAGCGAGUCUGAAUAGAAUUACAUAGCGAGCUCGAUAUGUUAUGAACUACCCAAUAAUUGGAGGACCACAUGAAUGGCUGACUUAUGCUGGGAUUUUGGAUUUUCAUGUUGAUUGCAUAAUCUUGCGCCGGUUUAUUAUUAUUAUUGUUAUUAUUAUUAUUCUUUUAAGCAAUUAUCGUGGUGUCUGGUUCAAAUGAGCUUCGAGGGCAAGUUACGCGUAAGUUUUAUGGUGAGUGAAAAAUAAAUAUACUCGAAAAAGGAUGAGAACGGAUAAAAACGACUAUGCACCAGAUAUCAUAGGCUCUACAAUGUAAUGUUUGCGAUGAUAUGUUUGAUGGUAUGUAUUCUUUUACCAGAUACGUUUUCGACCGUGAGGUUCUUUGUUAAUUAUUUCUGAUAGAAUGCUACGCGUUUUGAACCUAUUCUAUUUAUUAUGCCUCUUUAACGAUGUUCUCUUGCCAUUUAAUCAGAAUAUUAUUCGUCUGUUAUUAAUAUUGAUUACAGGAUUUUAUCGAUGGUUAAUUAGUGCGUGAUGAACGUCAGUUUCAACUCCGCUGUUGUUAUCGCGUGAUGGAGGGAAGUGUUAUCAAACCCCGCUGUUGUUACGGUGUGACGGACCCGGGGAUAAAUUAAACCAGCAGUUGAUAAAUCUAUUUCAGCAACUUCUAUCUCAUCCGACUCCCUCUACUUACAAGAGAUAUAUUACGAGCAUAUUAUAAUUUAAAUUGUCUUUAUAAUUUUUAGUUUCAAGAUCAUUCAUUAAUCUCGACCGAAUUUAAGCCAAUCAAAUGAAAUAUUAUGUAAGAGGAUGCAGCUGCCGUCGGGUGCUUAAUGCUUUGUUCCACCGUCCGCGCUAUUUUUUUCAGAAUUUUCAGAAGACCUUGUAAAGAGAGUUAAUUUUAAUUGACAAAAAACUAAGUCCCGACUCUAAUAUCAUUUAAGAGGCUAUUGUCUUGAAUGUAUUUCUUGAAAAAAGACAAUAUAAAUUUUAUACAGCA